AUUACUUCUCAUCAUCAUUCUACACUUUUCAGUUUUUUCUCCUCCCCUUUCUUUCUUUUAUGGCAGACACGGAAGAAGUUUGAAUGUGUAGGAUUAUACACACAUCACACCAAUAUAAUACAGUAUAUAGUUAGUUGAGUGGGCUCUGUAGAGGGAAAUGGAAAAAAAAGGGAAAUUCAUGGUCGCAAGAAACCAUAUGAUUGCAAGCAAUUAAGGUUUCAGUUACUUGGUUGUGGUGUUUGACUGUUCGGUUUCUUGCAAAACACUGAAAGGUUUUUGUGGGUUCUCUGCAAUGGAUAAAUUUGAUGCAGUGAAAAAAGUGCAUGAGAGAAUCUUGAAAUUGGAACCAGAAAGUGUAACAAUGAAGAUUAUAGGGUAUAUGUACUUGAGGGAUUACCCUGACCAGGAAAUCAUUAGGUUGGCUAUGGGGCCUGAUACUUUGAUCUAUGAACUGAUACACAAGGCAAAAAUUGCACUUAAACUGCCCUCAACCUCCUGUCUUUCGCCCCCGAUUUCGCCUUCUAUGAACCAAGUCCCCAUUUCAGACCCUUCCUUUAGGCUACCCUCUAUCGCGCCGCCAUUGGCACGGCCCUUCCCGUCUCCGGCUUCGUUUCGUGUCACAGCUCCUUUUUGGGAGCCCCCGGUGCCCGAGCAGCAGCAGCAGAUAGGCUACAAUUCCGAGUUUUCCCAUUUGCCCUUUUCUGAUUCGCCCCACGAUGAUUAUGGACCCCACAAGCAGCAGCAGCAGCAGCUCGUGCCAUUCGAGGAAUCGAGUGAUUUUGUUUACCCGGAGCCUGGCUUUAGUGUGAGGGGGCGCAGAAAUUCUCCGGCUGUUAUUGAAUUUCCACCCAAAGCCUGUCAUUAUUUCAGCAAAGGGUUCUGCAAGCAUGGCAGUAACUGUAGGUAUUUACAUGGACACCCCUUCCCGGACAACUAUCCCCGGGGGAUGUAUGGCUCUAAUGCGUUCGAUAAUGGUAAUGAUGAUCAAGUUUUCUCACCCGGGUCCCUCGAGAAACUAGAGCUCGAGAUAACGGAGCUCUUGAAAUCCCGAAGAGGCAGCCCGGUUUCAAUUGCGUCUCUGCCUAUGAUGUACUACGAGAAAUAUGGAAGAACCCUUCAGGCCGAAGGGUACCUAACUGAGAGCCAGAGACAUGGUAAAGCUGGCUAUAAUUUGACUAAACUUCUUGCUCGGUUGAAGAACAGUAUUCGUUUGAUUGACAGGCCUCACGGGCAGCAUUCUGUAAUACUUGCUGAAGAUGCCUCCAAGUACAUUGAAUUCCGGGGCGAAAGAAAUGAUCCCGGUCCUAUUGUCAGUGGCUCUCGCCAAAUAUAUCUAACUUUCCCCGCGGAGAGCACUUUUACCGAGGAAGAUGUCUCCAAUUACUUCGAUGCCUUCGGGCCUGUUCAGGAUGUGAGAAUUCCUUGCCAGCAGAAACGGAUGUUUGGCUUUGUUACUUUUGCAAGUUCUGAUACUGUGAAGACGGUUUUGCACAAGGGAAACCCGCAUUUUGUGUGUGGGGCUCGUGUUCUUGUGAAACCGUAUAGAGAAAAGUCAAAGCCUAUUGAAAGGAAAUUUCAAGACAAAAUUGAUCCAUCAAUGAAUUACAGCUCUCACAACGAUUUUGAAUCUGAGAAUCAAUCAAGAUUGGAUUCCAAAUUUCUAAGGAGAUUCGAGGAACAACACGCUCUUGAACUCGAGAUAAGGCAACUCUCGCAGCUGCAGUUAGCACGAAAGCCUCUGUUGUCUAAUCAUUCCUUCUUUGGCCAUUCCAUGGACGAGCUGAAAAUGUCUGAAGAGUAUUCCAAGCUCACGUCUGCAGAUGAUUUCUACCAGUUGGAUGGUCCAAGUGGCGGCUCCUCAAGUGAUGAUAAUAACCAAAUACAUUCAGGCACAAAAUACCAUGAUCACGACAGCAAUUCAGGAAUUAAUCUCCCGGACAGCCCCUUUGCGUCUGCAUUACCGACCAGCAUCUCCGCAGUUAUGUAGGCCAAAUGACACAUAACAAGUCGUUUCGUCUGAUAGGUAAGACUAGUUGAAAAGGCAGCCAUCUGAUCUUACGUUUGACACAAGAUACAGAACUAUUUUCCCUGUGAAGUUCUCGGUUCGCGAGUUUUAGAGGUUUCCCCCCCUGCAAAGUACAUACGGCUAAAGAAGAAUGUGAGGCUUAUCUUCCCGCCUUUUACCUGGGCGAGAAGAAUACAUAGGAAAGAACAUGAUAACAGAAAGGUAUAUGUAGCGGUUUUUUUUUCUUAGACAGCAUAAAAAAAGGAUGUCUUUUGUUUUUCUUUCAAAGAAAAAAAAAAUCUUUAGAAAAGAAUGUACAGGUAGUGAUGAAAGAAAGUAGUGGUUACAUAUGGCAACGGUUCGGAGACUAGAAAUAUAUCUCUGUAACACCGAAAAAUCAAGGUUUAGUGCUGAAUAACUCACUGUUUAACAUGAAUGGUAGUGCAUUUUUUGCUGCUGAAUGUUGUGUUGGAAUGACAUGGUGGAGAUCUGUGUGUGUUUGAGAUGAGAUUAGCUCAAACCUUGGACAGUGACUUUGUUUGGUUACAUUUGCAGCAGCCUUUUUUGUGUUUUGUCAUUUGUAGCAACAGCUACAAUUUAUCAUAAUGUACUGCUUUCAUUUGUUUCUUCUGCUCA